UGCUUGUCACGGUCCUGAGGUUUUAGGAAAUGAAACUAAAACUGACGGUAUGAUUUGAAGAAUAGGAAAAAAAAAAAAAAAACCAGAAGGAUAUUUUGUCUCAGUGCAAUUACCACAAAUAUCAGUUCUCGUAAAUACCGAUGAAGUGAGGUGUUUGAAAACAAGCGUUUGGGAGAGAGAAGAACACAGGCUGGGCGGCAGAUCCGCUGUAGAGUGUGCAAGUUGACAGGAAUGGGAGGUACCUGACAAGUCUCUUCUGACGCCUGGUGCAGAAUGAUAGAGUAAAAUGGCCCACUUUAACACUGAGUACCAGCGGCUGGAGGCGUCCUACAAUGACUCUCCACCAGGGGGAGAUGACAUGUUGGUCCAUGUCCCUGAAGGCGCCAAGUCUCAAUGGCAUCACAUAGAAAACCUGGAUCUCUUCUUCCAAAGAGUCUAUAACCUGCACCAGAAAAAUGGUUUCACCUGCAUGCUUCUGGGGGAGAUCUUUGAGCUUGUACAAUUGGUGUUUGUGGUAGCCUUUACUGUGUUCCUUGCAAACUGCGUUGACUAUGACAUUCUUUUUGCCAACAAGCUGGUGAAGCACACCCACCGUGAACACGAAAUAAUGAAAGUGACUCUUCCAGAUGCAUUCCUUCCAGCUAACGUCUGCAGUACCAGAAUCCGUGACAAUGUCUUUGUCAUUUUCAUCAUGAUAAUAGCUGGAGUGUUCUGGUUGCAUCGCCUUAUCAAAUUCAUCUAUAACAUUUGCUGCUAUUGGGAGAUCCGCUCCUUUUACAUUAAUGCACUGAGGAUACCCAUGGCUGAUCUACCCUACUUCACAUGGCAAGAGGUGCAGGCGAGGAUCAUCGAGAUCCAGAAAGAGCACCAGAUGUGUAUCCACAAGAAGGAGCUGAGUGAGCUGGACAUCUACCACCGCAUCCUGCGCUUCAAGAACUACAUGGUGGCCAUGGUCAACAAGUCCCUGCUGCCCAUCCGCUACCACAAUCCCCUGCUGGGCAAUGCAGUCUUCUACACCCGGGGGCUCAAGUACAAUUUUGAGCUCAUUUUCUUCUGGGGGCCAGGCUCCCUCUUUGAGAAUGAGUGGAGCUUGAAGCCUGAGUACAAGCGGGGAGGCAACCGGCUGGAGCUGGCGGGCAAGCUCAGCACUCGCAUCCUGUGGAUCGGGGUGGCCAACCUGCUGCUGUGCCCCAUCAUCCUGAUCUGGCAGAUCCUCUAUGCCUUCUUCAGCUACACCGAGCUGAUCAAGCGGGAGCCCGGCAGCCUGGGCGCGCGCUGCUGGUCCCUGUACGGACGCUGCUACCUGCGCCAUUUCAACGAGCUGGACCACGAGCUCAUGUCACGCCUCAGCAAGGGCUACAAGGCCUCCUCCAAGUACAUGAACUGCUUCAUGUCCCCACUGCUGACCGUGGUGGCCAAGAACGUGGCCUUCUUCGCGGGAUCCAUCCUGGCGGUGCUCAUCUCCCUGACCAUAUAUGAUGAGGAUGUGCUGGCUGUGGAGCAUGUGCUAACCACCAUCACCCUGCUGGGGGUCUGCGUCACCAUCUGCAGGUCUUUUAUCCCAGACAAGCAUAUGGUGUUCUGCCCGGAGCAGCUGCUGAAGGUGAUCUUAGCCCAUAUCCACUACAUGCCAGACCACUGGCAGGGAAACGCUCAUCGCUACGAGACUCGGGAUGAGUUCUCACAGCUCUUCCAGUACAAAGCAGUGUUCAUCCUGGAGGAGCUGCUGAGCCCGUUGAUCACUCCCUUCAUCCUCAUUUUCUGUCUGCGCCGCAAAGCCCUGGAGAUCAUCGACUUCUUCCGCAACUUCACUGUGGAGGUGGUGGGCGCUGGGGACACCUGCUCCUUCGCACAGAUGGACAUCCGGCAGCACGGCCACCCCGCGUGGAUGUCAGCUGGAAAGACAGAGGCCUCGAUUUACCAGCAGGCAGAGGACGGGAAGACAGAGCUGUCUCUGAUGCACUUCGCUAUCACCAACCCGCGCUGGCAGCCCCCCCGGGAGAGCACACACUUUAUCAGCCAGCUCAAGGGAAAGGUGCAGCGCGAGGCCAUCAGCGGGCAGCAGGGGCUGCUGCCAGAGAACCACCUCUUCACAUCCAUCCAGUCUAUCCAGUCGGAAUCGGAGCCCCACAGUCUGAUUGCUAACCUCCUGGUGGGGCCACCCUCGAUGGGCUCAUUCCAGUUCGGUCAGGAGGGCCACGUGGCUCCUCACAUCUCCAGUGCCGGUGGCAGUGACAUGGCCUCAGCCCUGCGCUCCCUCUCUCCACUCAGCACUAGCCAGCACCUCCGCGGGAGCUACACCUCCACUCAGCCGCCCCGCAGCGACGGCACAGGGCUGACAGGGGCCAGGGGCAUGGCGGGCUCUGGCACUGACGCUCGAACAGCCAGCUCUGGCAGCAGCGCGUGGGAAGGGCAGCUGUCCAGCAUGGUGCUAUCAGAGUACGCCUCCACUGAGAUGAGCAUCCACGCACUCUAUAUGCAUGAGCUCCACAAGCAGAAUUCGCAGGCAGAGCCAGCCAGACACACGUGGCACCGGCAGGAGAGUGAUGAUAGCAGUGAGAGUGUCCCCGAGGAGAGCGAGGUGCCCCACGGCCUGCCCCGCUCCGCCACCUUCCCCUCCACCUCCGCAAGACAGUAUCCCUACCAGGAGCAGGCUGCUCUACACAGCUCCGGGCACCGCCAACAUGGGGGCGCCACAGACACUGUGAGCGUGGGUCCGCGGGCCACACCCAGGUUCUCACGCCUCCCCAUGGGCGGCUGGGCAGAGGAGGUGCAGGGGGGGCGACGCCAUGAAACUGUGCCCGAGGAAGGCACUGAAGAGGAACUCCCCCCGCACAUCCACAAGUUGACGUAAUGGACAUGGACAGCCUUUCUCCAGGGAAGCUGCUGUUUAUAUAUCAACACUCUUGAGACCUCUUGCAUCAUAUAGAAAGAUUAGCUGUUCUUACAACUCGUAUAACCAAGGCACUGUAUAGAGAUUGGGGUAAAUGCGCAGGAGCUCCAACUUGUGUUUUUUUGCAAAGAGGAACUGAAAACUUACCCCUUUCCCAAAACAAAUCUCCUUAACAAUUAAUAUGUAAUGAGAUGAAUCAGCCCCUCCCCUUAGUCAAUUAAUGAGAUGCCCAUUUCUCAGGCAGUGGCACCCCCAUCCAGUGGUUGGAAUCGCAGUACUGGUACUUGAAAGCAGUGGCGGGCAACAUUUUUGGGUGCUCACACCUCAGUUACAGGUGAGGGGGUGGGGUCCGGUGGGCCAAGAUAAACCUAUUAAACACACAGAAUGUACUCUGAAAUUUAAAUGUGUUUUUAUUUAAAUUUAAGUUGUCCCCAAAUCUAAAGCAAUCCCAAGUUCAAAGACCAAGAACUGGAAAAAAUAAGACCUCAAAUGGAAGCCACAAUUAAGGCCAAAGGGAGGGGGGGACACUGUAAUUAACUAAUAUAGUGGCGUUUUUUUGUUUGUUUGUUUUUUUCAGGAACCAGCAGAUAAUUUUAUAUAGAACUAAUAAAAGACUGAUCAGCUACAAAUAAACAGUAUAAAACAAGCCUGACUUGACUAUCAGAAGAUAAAAAAAAUUAUAAUAAAAAAAAUUAUAUAAAAUAUUAUAUAAAUAUUAAAAUAACAGAAAUAUUAGUGGUCGGAAAAUUGACAAAGAAACACAGCAAGAUAUUACUGAUCUUUAAAGCACAGCUGAAGUUCAACAAAUAAGACAAAUAACAUUAAAGUCAGACAAAGAUGAUUAGACUUAUACGUUUUCUGUUUUCCGCAAAGUAACACACCAUGCAAGACUGAGAAGAGACAGAGUCCUGCUGCCAUAUUAUAGCCUUUGUUGUCUUGGCACUUGCACGUUGAUCGCUUGAUCAUUGUGUUCACUAACCGGCUGCGCUCCAUCCAGACAUUUUUAAGCCAAUCGUAGCCAGUGCUGGCUGCUACUGUGCAUGGCGGAUUUGGAUGUUUGUAUUUCUGAGAGAGCACAGCCCGGCUUCGUCCCAUUAAACAGACAGGACGAACGACAUUGUUGAUGUGCCAGUGUAGGUAAGAGGGGCGGAAUGAAACGCCCAUCACCCAGAAAAAGGGAAGCACAUUUCAUUAAUAAGAGACUGGGGGU